AAUGAUCUCUCCAUUUUCGUCUGUUUUUCUUCUACUCUUUUCCCCCUCAUCCUCUUCUUCUCUUCCCUUGAGCUGUCUUACUCACAAUCCCAAUCUCAAACCCCUCCUCUAGCCUGCCAAUCCACUCCCUACCCCAAGCUCUGCCGCUCCAUUCUCCGCACCUUCAACUCCUCCCCCUCCAACCCCUACAACUACGGCGAGUUCUCCGUCAAAGAGUCUUUUAAACGGGCCCAACAUCUCUCCAAAACCAUCAAAGACACCCUCGUCCAUCAGAAACAACGCUCCAAGCUCACCCACCUCGAGCUUGGCGCCUUACAAGACUGCUCCCAGCUUACGGACCUCAAUGUGGAUUAUCUCCAGUCCAUUGGAACCCUUCUCAUGGCUGCCCAAUCGUUGAGCGAUGAACUCGUCGACAAAGUCACAAGUUUGCUGAGUGCAAUCGUCACGAAUCAGCAGACUUGCUACGAUGGUCUGGCUGAGUCCAAGAGUAGCUUCGCUACAAUUUUGUAUGAACCGCUGUCGAACGUCACCCGGUUGUACAGCAUCUCGCUCGGUCUGGUGACUCAUUCAUUGGACCGCAACUUGAAGAGGAAUAAGAGAAGUAAAGGGUCCAAAAACCUACUUUUGAAGAACCUGAACCCGGUUCGUGUACCGCUCGAAACUCUUAUCAAGAUUUUAAGAAAGCCAAAGGGGUCUUGCAUUAAGUGCUAUAAAGGAGAAAGGACCUUGGAUGAGUUACAACGAAGUGGAGGAAUUCUCCUCAACCAAACUGUGAUUGUCAGCCAAGAUGGAACCGAGAACUUUACAACCAUUACAGAUGCCAUUAAAUUUGCUCCAAAUGACUUGAAACCUGAAGAUGGAUACUUCGUAAUCUACGCCAGACAGGGAUACUAUGAAGAUUACGUCAUCGUCUCCAAGUAUAAGAAAAACAUUCUACUCAUUGGAGACGGGGUUAAUCAGACUGUCAUUACAGGAAAUCACAGUGUCAUUGAUGGCUGGACUACUUUUAAUUCAUCAACCUUCGCUGUCUCUGGCGAGAGAUUUGUAGCUGUUGAUGUUACAUUUAGAAACACGGCCGGCCCUGCAAAGCAUCAGGCAGUUGCAUUGAGGAACAAUGCGGAUUUAUCGACAUUCUAUCGGUGCAGUUUCGAGGGCUAUCAAGACACUCUUUACGUCCACUCCCUCAGGCAAUUCUAUAGAGAAUGCGACAUAUAUGGCACAGUUGAUUUCAUUUUUGGCAAUGCAGCUGCCGUGUUCCAAAACUGCAAUUUAUAUGCCCGGAAACCAAUGACGGAUCAGAAAAACGUGUUCACUGCUCAAGGAAGAACCGACCCGAAUCAGAACACUGGAAUUUCGAUCCACAACUGCACCAUUAAGGCUUCCCCGGACUUGGCAAUGGACUUGAAUUCCACAUUGAACUAUCUUGGCAGGCCCUGGAAACUGUAUUCCAGGACGGUUUACAUGCAGUCUUACAUUGGAGAUUUGAUAAAUCCCAAGGGAUGGCUUGAAUGGAAUGGGACGGUUGGAUUGGAUACCUUAUAUUAUGGGGAAUUUGAAAAUUUUGGACCUGGAGCAAAUACUUCUGGGAGGGUGAACUGGCCUGGUUAUAAUUUGAUGAAUGCUACAGAGGCCGUGAAUUUUACAGUGUAUAAUUUUACAAUGGGGGAUACUUGGUUGCCUUACACUGAUAUUCCCUUUAUCGAAGGAUUAUUAGUAGUGAAUUAAAUUUAUGAGGCGAGGUGAUUCUCAUGAGAGGGAAUUUCAUUCUUGUUGUGUUAAAUGGUGGAAUGUUUAUGGGUUUGAAAC